UCUUGGAAAAAUGGCUGUACAAAGUGAAACAACUAAAAUCACAAAUGAAGAAGAUAUGUAUAAGCAUUUUCGGAAACUGGUAUUACCGAAGAUACAGAUCAUAAACAUUCCGCAUUAUUUUGAGCACAGAAGUUUAAGCGGAAUUUUACAAAAUGGACAAAAACGAUAUUGUGAUACGUUACUUAAAUCAAAGCCGUGCAAAAAUACCAAAACGCAAACGAAUUAUAGAGAAACUGAAACACAAACGGAACCUUGGGAGCCACCAUAUAAAAUUAUUCCAGAUCAGAAUCCUGAAAUAUUGACGUUGGGUCAUUUAACUUGGAAGCAUGGAUUACCUGCGGGUGUCCAUGAGAUACACGUUAUUAACAGGAUGCAGAUGAAGAAAGCUUGGGAAACUAUUCUUCCACCGAUGAAUACACCGACCAACGUAAAAUUGCGAAAUUCGAUAAUAAUAAUGUUAGAAGUAGAUGAAUGGGCAUUUCGUGAAUCGGAGAUUCAAUUUAUAAUGGAUUUGCGAUUAAAUCUGAUGAGAAAUCUUUUGCAAAAUGAUGAGUCCCAAUAUAAGAAAAAAGUGAAAAGUCAUUUCAAUAGACUCCAGAACAAGCUGAGGAAGCAUCGAGAUAAUCAAGUCAAGACUAUUAGACAACAUCUCAAACGAAAUUUGCGAAAAUUAUAUAGAAAACAUUGUAACAAUCAACAAUCUCGCAAAUUUGAUAUAAUCGAACGGCAUAAUUGUCUCGAGUCCAAUUUGCAUGAAUCACAAAUGCAUCGUUAUAGCAAGCAUUCUCAAAGACGACAUGAAAAAUUGGAGCGAUUUUUAAAUGAAACCUAUAUCGAACAAGGGGAAAAAGAAGAUACAAUAUUCAACUGGAUACCGAUCAUCGAAGAACCAAAAAUAAUUAAGCACAAGCCUAAAUCGAUAGAUAUUUGUAUACGAGAAACUAGAUGGACGGAGGAAAAACUGAAGCAACUUUAUUUGGACCUAAAGGCUAUCCGAAUGAACGUUAAAUCCGUAGAUGUAAUUCCAAGAUUAAUAAAGCGUGAUUGCAAACAGCUGGCUUUAUCCGCUACAUCACGCAGAUUGAGUAUAUGGAAUAGUAAACAAAAACGAGAAGAAUCUACUAUAUUUAUUCAAAAGUUGGUCAAAGGCAGAGCAACACAAUAUUUGAUGUCUGAAGGUCGCGAUAGAUAUAAAGAUCUGAUCGAAGAAUUACAUUCGACUUUAGAACAGCAGGAUGAACAAAAAGAUCAGAAAAAAAUACGUAUGAUUGAGUUACAAAACGAUCAAUUAAUACAAGAAAAUCGUUUAUAUGAGAUUCUCAAUUCUUUGGAAGGAAAAACAAUUUAUGGAACAUUAGAUUUUCUUAGCAAAGAACUAAUGAGAUUAGAGGACGAGCGUAGAGCUCAUGCUUUUGUUUUACUUGCCGAAAGAGAAAGAUGUAUGAGGGAAGCUGCUGAAGCUGGUAAACGGCAAUUAGAACGUAAUCGACGACGAGAAUUCGACGAAAUGUUCAAACAAAUCGUAAAAGUAAAUCAGGACUCGAUAGAAGCUUACUUGGAAGACAUUAUAAGAGAGAGUGUUAAUUGGAUAUCUGAUAAAACAGCUAACGAACAAGUCUUACAUCUUUACGAUAAAGAUAAUAUAUCAAAACAUACCUUGGAAAAACAAGAUUGCAUGGAUAAGUUGGCAGAAAAGAAGUUGAUAAUGGAUAUGAUCUAUAAUUUUGUCUUACUUGAAGUGGAAAAGCAUAAUACGAAAAGAAACAUUUACGAUCGACAACAGAAUUAUAUGCGAAAUGCAUAUAUAUCAAUUUACGAGAAAAUUUUAAAUUUGCUAUCUAUUAAAUCAUUGCAAGUUAUAGAGCAAAAAGAACAAGACAUUGAAGUAGAAGAAAUGGAAUUUCUUUCAUAAAACCAAAGCAAAAAAAAAACAGAUUUAAAAGCACAUUAACAAAUUGACUUUUUGGCAAAAAAUUAUUUUA